CAAUUCCAAUGCUUUAAAUGUGAUAGUAAAGUUCAGUACAAACAAAAAAACUGAACUAAUGAGUACAAUUCAAGAUUUAUUAAAAGAAAAAAUUCUAAUCAUAGAUGGUGCCAUGGGCACUAUGAUACAACGCCACAAAUUAUCUGAAGAAGAUUACAGAGGUGAACGUUUUAAAAAUUGGCCAAGUGAUGUUAAAGGAAAUAAUGAUUUGCUUUCUAUCACCCAACCCGAAAUUAUUACGAAUAUUCAUUUGCAAUAUUUAGAAGCUGGUGCUGAUAUUAUAGAAACCAAUACAUUUAGCGCACAAGUUAUUUCAAUGGCAGAUUAUGGCAUGGAAGAUUUAAGUUAUGAAUUGAAUGUGGCUUCAGCCCAAUGUGCUAAAAAUGCAGUGAAGGAAUUUUAUUUAAAGUAUCCAAAUGCAGAAAAAGACAAUCCAAAAUUUGUUGCUGGCGCUAUCGGUCCUACAAACAGAACACUAUCUCUUUCACCAGACGUAAAUAAUCCUGGAUAUCGUGCUGUAACUUUUGAUCAAGUGAUGGAGGCCUAUUACACACAAGUGAAAGGCUUAGUUGAUGGUGGUGUUGAUAUUAUUUUAAUUGAAACAAUUUUUGAUACACUCAAUGCAAAGGCAGCCAUUUUUGCUACAAAAAAAUAUUUUGAAGAUUGUAAAGUUGCAUUGCCAAUAAUGAUAUCUGGUACAAUAACAGAUGCAAGUGGAAGAACAUUAAGCGGACAAACAUUAGAAGCAUUUUAUUAUUCAAUCGAACAUUGUAAUCCAAUAAGUGUAGGUUUUAAUUGUGCUUUAGGUGCUACUCAAAUGCGUCCUCAUAUUGAAGAAUUAAGUGCAUUAGCAACAUGUGCAGUAAGUGCAUAUCCUAAUGCUGGCUUACCAAAUGCUUUUGGUGAAUAUGACGAGCAACCUCACCAAACAGGGCACAUCAUUGCCGAUUGGGCAAAAGAAGGAUUUGUGAAUAUCGUGGGUGGUUGUUGUGGAACUACACCUGAUCAUAUUAAAUGUAUAGCUGACCAACCUUUGGUACUUCGACCAGAAACAAACUUUGUAAACGUUGGUGAGCGAACCAAUGUUACAGGCAGUAAAAAGUUUUCUCGAUUAAUACAAGAAGAAAAAUAUGAUGAAGCACUAAGUGUAGCUCGUCAGCAAGUGGAAAGUGGUGCGCAAAUAUUAGAUGUCAACAUGGAUGAUGCCAUGUUAGAUGGUGUUUACGCUAUGACCACCUUUAUCAAUUUAGUACAAGCUGAACCUGAUAUUGCUAAAAUUCCGAUUAUGUUGGAUAGUAGCAAAUUUGAAAUUAUUGAAGCCGGUUUGAAAUGUAUUCAAGGGAAAUGUGUAGUCAAUUCUAUUUCGAUGAAAGAAGGCGAAGCCAAAUUUAUUCAACAAGCAAAAAUUUGUAGAAUGUAUGGUGCAGCUGUAAUUGUAAUGGCAUUUGAUGAACAAGGACAAGCUGAUACCAAAGAUAGAAAAGUUGAAAUUUGUCAUCGUGCUUAUAAAAUAUUAACCGAGCAAGUAGGAUUCAAACCAGAAGAUAUUAUUUUCGAUCCGAAUAUUUUUGCUGUUGCUACAGGGCUUGAAGAACACAAUAAUUAUGGUGUAGAUUUCAUUGAAGCAACUAGAGAAAUAAAACGAUUAAUGCCAUUGACAAAAGUAAGUGGUGGUGUGAGUAAUUUAUCGUUCUCAUUCAGAGGAAAUGAGCAUGUAAGAGAAGCCAUGCAUUCCGUUUUUUUGUAUCAUGCUAUUAAAGCAGGAAUGGAUAUGGGUAUCGUGAACGCUGGUCAAUUAGCUGUUUACGAUGAAAUAGAACCUGCUUUAAAACAAUUGUGUGAAGAUGUUAUUUUAAAUAGAAACAAUGAUAACAACGAAGCAACUGAAGCUUUAAUACAAUUUGCAGAAACAGUAAAAGCCAAAGGUAAAGUUCAAAUAAAAGAUGAAUCUUGGCGUUUAGAAUCUGUUGAAAAAAGAUUGACGCAUUCAUUGGUCAAUGGCAUUACAGAUUACAUAGAACAAGAUACUGAAGAAGCUCGUUUGAAAUUUGAUAGACCUAUUGAAGUGAUAGAAGGUCCAUUAAUGGAUGGUAUGAAUGUUGUGGGUGAUUUGUUUGGAAGUGGAAAAAUGUUUUUACCACAAGUGGUAAAAAGUGCACGUGUAAUGAAACGAAGUGUCGCCUAUUUACAACCAUUCAUAGAAGCUGGUAAGAUCGAGGAAAGUAGUGCAGGAAAAGUUUUGUUAGCUACCGUAAAAGGGGACGUACAUGAUAUUGGAAAAAAUAUUGUGGGUGUAGUUUUAGCAUGCAAUGGUUAUGAAAUUAUUGAUUUAGGUGUAAUGGUUCCUGCCAAUAAAAUUUUAGAUGAAGCUGUUCGUUUAAAUGUGGAUGUCAUUGGUUUGUCUGGUUUAAUUACACCGUCAUUAGAUGAGAUGGUUCACAUUGCACAUGAAAUGAAACGACGAAAUUUAAACUUUCCAUUGCUCAUUGGUGGUGCUACAACAUCAAGAAUGCAUACAGCUGUUAAAAUUGCUGAAAACUAUAACCAUGGUGUCAUUCAUGUGUUAGAUGCAUCAAGAGCUGUAUCUAUAGUAAGUGAUUUGUUGAAUGAAAAUAAAACACCUUUGUUGACAAAAAUUACCAAUGAAUAUGCACAACUAAGAGAUGAUUUUUUAAAUCGAAAAACAAUAAAAAAUUAUUUGUCAAUAGAAAAAGCUAGAGCUAAUAAAUUCCAAAUAGAUGAAAACUUUCAAAUUCCAAAGCCAAAUGUUCUUGGCAACAAGACCAUUUUAAAUUAUGAUUUAAAAGAAAUAAGUAACUACAUCGACUGGACCCCAUUUUUUAUUACUUGGGAAAUGCAUGGAAAAUUUCCUGCAAUAUUACAAGAUGUAAUUGUGGGUAAAGAAGCAACUAAAUUAUACAAUGAUGCCAAUGCUUUAUUGCAAAAAAUAGUUGAUGGAAAAUGGUUGCAAGCCAAUGCAGUUUUUAGUUUGUUUGAAGUUGAAAAAAAGAGUGAUGAUGAAAUUAAUGUAGUUAAUAAAAAUAUUACACUCAAUUUCCUUCGUCAACAAAUUCAAAAAGCAGAAGGACAACCUAAUUUAUCUUUAGCUGAUUUUGUAUUUGACCGACAACCGACAACCGACAACCGACAACAAUUUAUGGGUGCUUUUGCAGUAACCAUAAAAGGCAUUGAGGAGCAUAUUAAAAUGUUUGAAGAACAACAUGAUGAUUAUAAUAAAAUUAUGUUGCAAGCUUUGGCAGACCGUUUAGCUGAAGCAUUCACAGAAUUAGUUCACGAAAAAGUUCGUAAAGAAUAUUGGGGUUAUGCAAAAGAUGAAUCUAUUUCGAUGGAAGAUUUAAUCAAAGAAAAAUAUACAGGCAUUCGUCCAGCA